AUGGAUCCUCGAUGCCACCUGGUACCUCAGGUCGGGGUACUCUGGCCGCUUGCUCGGAGCGGCUUGGGUGCCCCAUCUACCUGCUCGAUCGCGAUCCUAAGCUCUCCUCUUCCUGUUCACGAGAAACGUAUCUCAUCGCGUGACCCUCGUUCAGCUGUCCCGUCGUUCGUCGCAGCUCCAUCUCACUCAAAGCUUGGGUCCGUGUGGCCCUCGCGCCCGCGGCGCAGCCCACCGACACGGACAGCCCCGACGCUGACUUCCUCGCCUUCAUCUCGUCUUCCGCCUCCGCUGGGCAAGGUGCGGCUCGCCCCGCGUCUGCGUCUACGGUGCAUGCGUGCUGAGUACCGUGCCUCCCCGGCUACUUCUCCGGCGUGGGUGACCUCUUCUCCACCUCAGUUCUCGGCCGACGGCCACUUCCAACUCGCGCCCUCUGUCCCCUCCGCCAACGCAGAGUUCGGCACGGAGAAGGAGACGCCGCUGGCGCACGCAGUCGCACACGUGCUGAGCAAGACACACGCGCUCCUCACGCUCACGCACGAGCACACGGCGGGCGUGCCGGAGGCGAACACGCUGCCGACGGACGAGGAGCCAGACGUGGGCGAGCCCAAGAGGAAGGUGCGGCGGAUGAGGGGAUGCGAGCUGAGUCGCUCGCAGGCCAGCUUUGGAUCACUUAACGCGUGCGACGGGGAUGGCGGCGCUCUUCCCGGAGCUUGUGAACAUGCUCUCCUCGAGGUUCAUUGGCACAACUAGUGACGAGUAUCGUACUUUGUGCUCGUAGAUUGAUUUAAUAUUCAUUCCUGAUACCUGA